CGCAAACGCAAAAGCCGACACGCCGAGCCGACUCCUUUCCAUAAACCAAAUUCCCCGAACAAUCAAUUUCCUCUCCUCUCCUCUCCUCUUUCUCUCUCUCUCUCUCUCUCUCUCUCUCUCGGGGAGGAAAAAUCGUUACCCAAAACCUCGUCGUCCCCGAGAUCGAUCCUUCUCCUUCUGCUUUUUGCCUUCCCUGGGUCGGUUUUCUAGGGUUCCGAUCGAACCACAGGCGUCGUCCUGUAAGUCGUCGAACGAUGGAUUGGGGCAACGUCACGACGGAGGAUCUGAUCGACGCCCUCCGAGAGGUGGACUGGUCCUCGCCGCCCCGCCCUGUCUCCGAGUUCUUCUCCCGCUUCACCCUCCCCCGAUCCUACUCGAAAUGGAACAGCCGCCUCAAGUGCAACCUGUACUACUACCGCACAAAUUACUUCCUUUUGAUCAUCUUCGUCCUAGGGUUGGGAUUUCUUAGGAAACCUCUUGCAAUUAUUGCUGCUUUUCUGACAGGCCUAAGCAUUGCUUUCCUAAAUGAUAGCUUUGCAGUUUGUUUCAAUGAGAAAGUGACAAGGACUGUUAGGCAGUUCUCUCCACAUCUGGCUGCAAAGUUGAGGCCACCUAUGACGCCUGUUCUUCGUGCACGGUCAUCUGCAAAAAGGGCAAUUCAUAUAUGUGGAUGUCGUCGCUGGGUGUUUGUCUUAAUAUUCUCAGCAGCUAGUUGCAUCCUCUGGUUGACCUCCUGCAACCUCCUCACAAUUCUUUGGGCACUUGUCAUUGGACUACUUGCAAUACUGCUUCAUGCAAGCUUCCGAACACCUAAUUUAAAAGCACGUCUUAACACAUUCCGCGAGGAGUUCCGUGCAGUAUGGCGCAAUUAUAGUGAGCUGUAACCAGUCUUGUGGAGAUUAGUUCAUGAAAAUUGCAUUUUGGAUUUGGGAUGGGAUUGAUGUCUGUUCAUGCUGGAUCUACAUGAAGAUCAACCAUACCAUAUCUGAAUUGAGUUUGCCUUGUAUUGGUUAUGAAGUGAGAAGACCAUAAUUUAGAGAUUAAGUCAUAAUUUUAAUUCAUCCCAGGCAUAUGUUUGGUAAAUUAACAUUAUAACACAAUUUUUGAGGCCUUGUAUCCCUUUUUAUCUACUCGUAUCCUUCUGAUAUGCUUCAUGCUUCUUUCAUUAUGUAUAAUUUUACCUGGAAUGAGAAAGAACACAG